AUGAAAUUAAUAGUUGAGAAUAAUGUUAUCAAUUCAGACAAGAUCCAUUACUAUAAAGUUGAUAGAAAAAACAGUGACGAUGACAACAACAACAACAACAACUACGUCAGAGAUGACAUCAAAAACAUUACCGAUGUUAACAACAACAUUAGUAACGACAGUAGCACGUCGUCUGCAAUCAGUAGGGACGACAACAACUUUCUUAACUACAAAAGCGUUUGCGAUAUUAACUUGAAUAGUUCGGUACACAACAACAACAACAACAACAACAACAACAACAACAUAAACAACAACGCAUUUGACUAUUACAACAAUGAUAGUAAUAACGGUUACAUUAAAAGUCAAAUUGACAACAACGACAUCAACAACAACAACAUCAACAACAACAUCAACAACUACAUCAACAACAACAUCAACAAUAACAUCAACAACUCUUUAGACACCAAGCCAAGGAGCGACAAAGGCAGUAACGAUUUCAAUAAACUUCGAAAUUCCUGCCGCAAUGACGCAGAUGGCACAAACGAUGGCGUUGAUGACGCUCAUGUGGCUUCUGCUAUUGCGGCUUCCGCUUCCGCUGCUGAAACUGUACAUGAAACUGAUAUAUUGACAAAAUGUGCCAAGCAACCCACGCUGUAA